AUGGACAGUUCUCGAGCAGACUUUGUGGACUACGAUGUUAUAGCAGCAUUUUUUCCACAGAAAAAGAAAAUGAAGACAAGCCCUUGGCAGAAAGUUUGUAAAUUAUUUAUAGAUAUGUCUGAAGACAAAAAGACAUCAGAGCAAGAAUCAUUUGAUCUAUCAUUUACAGGAAAAUCUGCAUGGAAAACCAUGAAGAAUGAGUUGACAUCUAAAAAUUUGAUGAACAUUUUUCAAAUUAACCAAGAAGAUCAAAAUUUAGAAGAUCGUUUACACUCUGCAGAUUCUGUGCUUUCUGUUACUCAAAUUAACAUUCACCAGUUUCCAGCUACAUUUAUCCCAGACUUGAUCCUGGAAAAGAUACAGAACAAUGAACUAAAUAACAUACCAUUGGCUGAGGAAUUUAACGGGAUAGUUAUGUUUGCCGACAUAUCAGGUUUUACCUCUCUUACUGAAAUAUAUUCCAACAGUAGUCGGGGAAUCGAUGAAUUAACAAGAACUUUAAAUGAUUACAUAGGAGCUGUUGUGGCACGUAUUAUUUCUGCCAACGGAGAUAUCAUUAAGUUUGCAGGUAAAAGUUAUUUUAGUAAUCUCUGUUUCAAAGGUGAUGCUCUUUUGUGUUUGUGGAGAGAAGAUCAGGACCUGGGAGAGAUUUUAGAAUCAGUCACUGACUGCUCUCUCUGUAUACAGCAAGAGAAAGGAGAACAAAACACUUCUGUAGGAGUAAAGUUAAAGAUAAAACUUGCUAUUGCAGUUGGCCACUUAAAGAUGCUUUGUUAUGGAGUUCCAGACUCUUUUCUACUGUACUCACUUGUUGGGCCCACUAUUGUUUCAUUACAGAAGACUCAAGAUCUUUGCAAGGCUGGAGAUAUAAUAUUAGACGUUAAUGCCUGGGAACUUUUAAAAGAUAAGGGAAUUCAUUCAAACUAUGAUAUUGAAACUCUUAAUACGGGCCAUGUCAGAAUUCUACGGAAGUUAACAGAUGUUGAGGCUUUUGAAAUGAAAGAUAGAUAUGAGAAGAUCCAUGACUGUACAUCUGAAAACAUAAGCCAGUUCCUACUUCCUGUUAUUAAAAAUAUUGAUAGUUUAAGACAACUGGAAUUCAUGUCAGAGAUGAGGCAAGUUACUAUAGUCUUCAUCAGUCUUCCAAAUAUUGAUGUUUCAGAUGUUGAGCUGAUAGGCUCAGUUUUUACAGCAUCUUACACCCCCAUCAAUGAGACAGGUGGAGUUCUGAAUAAAGCUGUGAUGUUUGAUAAGGGCUGCACUUUCUUAGCAGUAUUUGGGCUCCCAGGAUUUAAACAGAAGAAUGACAGUGCUAGUGCUUUACAGUGUGCUGCCAAAGUGACUAAAGCACUGGUGGAUUUAUCUCUAGACUCGUCCAUUGGUAUUACAACAGGAAAUACUCUGUGUGGUAUUGUUGGCCAUCCACACCGACAAGAAUACACAGUGAUUGGUCGGAAGGUAAACCUGGCGGCUCGGCUGAUGGUAUACUAUAGUCAUGUCAGAAUAAUCUGUGAUAAAGACACUUACUUUAAGUCACGAAAGGAUAUAGGGGAAAGCAGCUUUCAAGAACUGGAAGCAAAGGAAUUAAAGGGAAUGUCCAAUGUAGGAAGUGUUUACAUGUACAAGUGGGAUGCUAGAGAGAGGCAAGAAAUGUGAGUUUAAGACUAAAACCAUACUGAAGACCAAGA